AUGAUAGGAAAGACAGGGGGAGGUAAAAGUUCAACUGGAAAUACAAUGAUGGGUCACAGAUGGUUUGAAUCAAGCAGUUCAAGUGAAUCAGUAACUCAAAAAGGAAAAACUGGCAAAAUAAGAUGGAAAGAUCAAUAUAUCAAAAUUGUCGAUACGCCGGGAUUGUUUGACAACCUAAUGGAAGAUGAUGAUCUCAAGCUUGAACUAAUAAAAUGUAUGACGUUGGUAGUACCAGGACCACAUAUCAUCAUGUACAUGAUCAGAAUUGGAAGGUAUACGAAAGAAGAUAUUGAAGCAGCUGAAAAGUUUUUAAAGAUUAUCGGUGAAAAUCUAUACAAUUGGACAAUUAUUGUUUUAACAGGACGAGAUGACUUAGAAUAUCAUAAUACAACAAAGAAAAACUAUUUAGAGACUGCAGCACAAGAAUUCAAAAGUUUUGCAAAGAAAUGCGGUGAGCGGUAUAUAUUUGUCAACAAUCGGUCAAAAGAUUCUAAAUGUGAAUGGAUUGAAAUGUACUCUGCAAUUAAUAAGAUGUUAUUACAAAAUCAACAUUCUUAUUACAACAAUAACUUGUUACAAACGCUCAAUGAAGCGUUUGAUGAAAUUAUCGCCGAACGCGCACUCGUCGACACGAGAAUCCCAGUAGAAAAAGUAGCUGCCGCCGCAGAAAAAGAGGUAGAAAACGGAGGAGGUAUACUUCGCACCUUGCUUAAAAGUACAUCCGUUGGAGCACUAACGUGUGGAAUUUUUUCUGCUAUUUUUGAUCUUACUAUCCCGGUGAUUGCUGCUGGUACAAUCGUUGGUGCAGGAGGAGCAGCAAUCGCUGUUGGUGGCGCAGCACUCGGUGCGUACGCUUAUAAAAAAAAAUGUACAAUAUCAUAA